AUGCAGCAAGAGCGAGAAAGCGGCGAGUUGUGUCUAAAUGGUUGUGGCUUUUUUGGUGCCCCAGGCAGCGGUGGAAUGUGUUCCGUCUGUUGGAAAAAGACCAUGUCUGAUCGCCAAGUAGAGACAACGUUGACAUCACGUCGUUCAAUGGAGAUGAAGAUGAAUGAGUUGGUUUCAGUAGAGCCGACUUGUACUGCUACUACUACUACUACUACUGUUGCUGCUACGUCAACUACUUCUACUGCUGCUCCGUCUUUUGUUGAGGAGAUAAGGAAAAGCAAGACAAUGUUAUUACAGGAAAUAGAAUGUGUGGAGAAAUUAGUACAAAAGAACAAAAACGCUGCUGGGAGUGUAAGAAGAAAGUGGGACUCACUGCUAUGGAGUGUCGUUGUGGCUAUGUGUUUUGCAAUAGCCAUCGAUUUGAGGACCAGCACCUA